GACUGAGGAUAUCACAAAUAUGUAGAAGCCUUUAAGUGGUUCUUUCUGAAACAGACAAUAGAGAAGCUGUAGUUCUGCACUGGGCAUAUUCUUUUGUAUGUUUUCUAUUUUUUCACAUUAUUUACUGUUUAUGACUAGAGGCCCGAAUAUCAAUAUAUACAUUCUUUGGAUGCAAAUCCCUGUUCUUCAAACAAACAAUGGCCCUGGCCUAAUAGGAUUAAUUACUAUAGCUGCCCAUUUAGUUAAACAGGCCAAGAAAGAACAACUACUUGGAAGUACUGCAGAAGAGAAAGCUGUUGUUCAGCAAUGGUUAGAAUACAGAGUGACUCGAGUAGAUGGAUGUUCUGGUAAAGAAGAUAUUAGAAUAAUUCUGAAGGAUCUUCACAUGUAUCUUGAAGAUAAAGUAUACCUUGCAGGAAACAGUUUUACCUUAGCAGAUAUUUUGAUGUACUAUGGACUGCAUCCGAUCAUGGCUGACCUUACAGUGCAAGAAAAGGAGAAAUACCUUAAUGUGUCUCGCUGGUUCAACCACAUUCAACACUAUCCAGGUGUCCGACAACAUCUGUCUAAUGUCAUCUUUAUCAAGAAUAGAUUAUAUACUAAUGCUCAUUAAGGAAAACUAUGUCAUUCUGAAAUUAUGAUUGGGAAUUUAGAUGUUAUAUUGUCCAAAACCACUAACUUGCAAGUACUGGUUUGUGAUAUUCUGUAUGAGAUACAGAACUUGCUUCAAAUAAAAUUGCAUUGAAUAGCUGUUGUUUGUCAAGAAUUUGAACUAGUAGAAUUAUAUCAUGUAUCUAAUUAAAUUCAACAAUGAUGGAAAGAUGGAAACCGAGCAGCAGUUUUUAAUUCACUAUUUUUUAUAAAUGUUCUCUUAGUUAAUAAGAUUCAACUGUAAUGACAGUCUUUGAUGUAGGAAAGAGCUAUUUCUUCCUUCAAUAUUCACUUCUUUUACUAUUUAUUGACUUCUUACAUCUGUCCUUCAUUGUUUUCAUUUUAUUUUCCAUGGAUGUUUACGCUAGUUUUAUAAAAGUUAAGAGCUAUAUUGUGUGCCAAGGAUGUGAAAAAGGGAACAUGCAAAUGUUACAAAGUAUUUAUGUGACCUAAUAAAUUAUUUUAAAACUCUAGUCUUAA